AUGCUAAUAUGUGAAAAUCUAGAAGGCACUCUGGCCGAGUUCUUCACCUUGAGGGAAUCCAUAUUUGAUUUCCAGUUUGAUUUGGUUGAUGCCCUCACAAACGUCAUCCGAGGUAAUGUUCAAUGAUAUGUUUAGCUAAAUUUACGUAUAUUAAGUAUAUUAAAGUGUGGGAAGAUCCGUACUAGAUUUCUAGGAAAAAAAAGGUUAGAAGUGAUCGAGCUUGCAGUACACAUCUAUAAAUAAGUUAAGGAUCUGGGAAUCCCGCGGAACAUUUGCAAGAAGAUUGAGAAACAUCUUCAAUUUUCCACACAUACGUUAUGAAAGAUUAAGGAAUCAUGUCAUGGUCAUGUAUUUUUAAGCACGAAAUGACCAUUACCGGAUCAUUACCGAGUCUCAUAUUUUAUUCAGGAAAUAUCGCACAGAAGUUGGCAUCUUCAAUCAAAGGCAAGAACAAAGUUUUGGACGUGUACGACCUGAUUCGCGGCUUCUUUAUGAAACACUACCGCCUGCAAUCAAAUAUCUACCUUUACUGUAAUAUACUACAGUAUAAAUACCACGGCAAACGAAACAAACUAUGUCCAACGUCUGGCUUCUUCGAUUAUAACAAGCUAGACCGUCUGACAGAAAUAAAAGAUCCACAAUAUUAUAAACAAGACCGUUAUGUGUUCAUUCCCACCAGUCCUGAACACCCCGGUGAUAGUGGGUAUAUCAAUCUUCCUUCAUUAGCUGCUGGGAAUCAGGUAUGGAUAAUAUAGCACCAAAAUGGUGAAAGGUUUUUGAUACGUUUGCAUGGCAUCAAUACCAUGCAGUUUGUUUUUGUGGAAAAGUGAAAAACUAUCCAGCAUCAUGAAAGUUAGUUUAGUUUAAGACGAUCAUUAUUAGAAGUUCUGAACUGGAAAAACUAUUCAGUAUUAGUUUAGGUUUGAUCAUAUGGCAAAACUACCGAGUAUAAUUAAGGUUACCUAGUUUAGGUUUCGAUCAGAUUAUUCCUAUAUAUGUAGGUAGUUUUUGCAUAAAAUUUUCAGGACUGAUAGUUUUUAUUUUCUGCAUUCACUUGAAAAUGAUGACUCGAAACGUCGUGGAAUACAACUUUUAUCAGAAAGAAAAAGGAAGUUGUUUAUUCAAACUUAAAAGAAAGUUGUUUAUUCAACAAUACCACUAAACCAAUAAAGAGACAUACCUUAUAUACUGGACCUCUAGAGGGAACAGUUUAGAUUACUGAUAGAGCUAGUUAUUCAAUAUAUGAAUGAAGUUAGUUUAGGUUUCUUCAUCUACACUGGAUCAAUAUGGGAUAACCUCACUGGACAUCUAUGGUGGUUCAGAACUGAUAGGGCAAUCUGCUAUAAAAAAAACUGGAUCAGUAAGAGAUGAGCGUACUAAAUCUCUACGAGAAAACAGUUUAGAACUGAUGGUUUAAUUUCACUUGAACAAAAUUUCUUCUUCAUUUCAAGGUAACAUUCCAACUGCCACGAAACCGUACGUGGUUAAUGGAGAACAAAUGGGUGGCGUAUGAUGAAGUCAUCGCUCCAUUUGUAAACAGCAUCAAAAUAUAUCUACCACUUGGAGAUUAUAAAGACGCCCAGAAACAACACACCCUUACGACCACAACCAUAACCAACGAUUUAGGUGAGGACAAAUUCUACUGCCCUGCAUUGCAUUGUACUGCACUGCACGACAAUGUAUUACUAGUAACUUACGAAUUAUUUGAUAUUUUGAUUAUUAUUUAGGAAGCUUCUCUCACCACAACAAAGAUGUUCGCUAUAUUCUCCCCAGUAACAGAGGAAGUUACAUUACAACAUACGAGGAAGGCCACCGCAAUUGUCCGGAGGAAGAGAUGGCUGACCCAUAUGGCCUAUGCGAUAGAAUACCUAAAUUAUGUGACAGUACUACCCAGGCUGUGACUCCUAUACUGAGACCUACUAUACUGUCUACUUGGAAACUCUCCUAUUCCAUUACUUCGGGGUCAAGGAGAUUGAAAUGGAUCGCUCCCAAACCAGCUAGCAAACUUUACCUCAUAGCAAAGGUAUGUGCGUCGUAAUGUUUCUCCGUGUUUACAAUACAGUGUUUCCUGGUUUGUCCACCUUCAAGAAAUAUGGCUAGGAAUAUACAAUUACUUUAUGGUUUCCGUGUUUGGAUGGCCUGAUCCAAACACUUGGGAAUGUUGCGAGAGUUAAGAAAACCGCGCGAAAUCACGAGCCGAAGGCGAGUGAUUUUGCGCGCUUUUCUUAACUCAACAACGCAAAGUCUUCCAUGUUUGGAUGGCCUGAUCCAAACACGGGUUUCGACCAAUCAGAGCACGCGUUAUAUACAUGUUAUUUUAUAAACAACGUUUCCUGGUUUGCCCACCUUCUGGAAACAUGGCUAGGAAACAAUGCUUCUUGGUUUAAUCACCUUCAGGAAACAUGGCUAGGAAACAAUGCUUCCUGGUUUGUCCACCUUCUGGAAACAUGGCUAGGAAACAAUGUUUCCUGGUUUGUCCACCUUCAGGAAACAUGACUAGGAAACAAUGUUUCCUGAUUUGCCCACCUUCAGGAAACAUGACUAGGAAACAAUGUUUACUGAUUUGUCCAGCUUCAGGAAACAUGCAUGGCUAGGAAACAAUGUUUCCUGGUUUGCCCACCUUCAGGAAACAUGGCUAGGAAACAAUGCUUCCUGGUUUGUCCACCUUCAGGAAAACAAUGCUUCCUGGUUUGUCCACCUUCAGGAAACAUGGCUAGGAAACAAUGUUUCCUGGUUUGUCCACCUUCAGAAAACAUGGCUAGGAAACAAUGUUUCGUGGUUUGUCCACCUAAGAACUAUCUAUGUAAUCUUAAGACAUAAUAUAUGUAAAAAUCUUUGUUGCAGGUAUCACUGUUAAUGACUCGUGUCGUGGCCCACGAGAAAAACAUUACAUGUAAAUUUGAAUAUGACACUCGAUCCCUCGGAGGGAACUACGCAGUCACGUGUUGUCGCGAGGGUAACCAACAUUUUAUAAGAUGGAAAAAUAUCUGCGUCGACUGUCCCAAGAAAUCAACCUCUCAUUUAGGAGGGUAUUAUUGCGAGAGAAACGAAUGA